CACACACACACACGCGCGGGGAGACGAACAUUGCAGCCACCAGCAGCCAGAGAGCCCGGAAUCGCCGACCGAGGCGAACUCCACUGCGCCGCGGAUUUGGGCUCCCACGGAAGCGGACACCCGCAAGAAUAAUAAUAAUACAAAAACCCACUCCGUGAGAGUGAUUACACGCCAAAUAAAAUGUCGUCGGCCAAGGACAGCGGGCAUUACGCCAACUAUGUGGGACCGUACCGCUUGGAGAAGACGCUGGGUAAAGGACAGACAGGUCUGGUGAAGCUGGGUAUCCACUGUGUGACGUGUCAGAAAGUUGCCAUAAAGAUUGUCAACAGAGAAAAGCUCAGCGAGUCUGUUCUUAUGAAGGUGGAGCGGGAGAUAGCCAUUCUGAAACUCAUAGAGCAUCCCCACGUUUUAAAACUGCAUGACGUCUAUGAAAAUAAGAAAUACCUGUACCUGGUGCUAGAGCACGUGUCCGGGGGGGAGCUGUUCGACUACCUGGUGAAAAAGGGCCGGCUAACGCCUAAAGAGGCCAGGAAGUUCUUCAGACAGAUCAUCUCAGCCCUGGACUUCUGCCACAGCCACUCCAUAUGCCACAGAGAUUUGAAGCCGGAGAACUUGUUGUUAGACGAGAAGAACAACAUCAGGAUAGCAGACUUUGGCAUGGCAUCUCUGCAGGUCGGGGACAGUCUGCUGGAGACCAGCUGUGGAUCUCCGCACUACGCCUGCCCAGAGGUUAUCAGGGGGGAGAAGUACGACGGGAGAAAAGCCGAUGCAUGGAGCUGUGGAGUCAUCCUGUUUGCACUUUUAGUGGGCGCCCUGCCUUUCGACGAUGACAACCUGAGGAAUCUGUUGGAGAAGGUGAAGCUGGGAGUUUUCCACAUGCCUCACUUCAUCCCUCCAGAUUGUCAGAACCUUCUGCGCGGUAUGAUUGAAGUGGACGCCGGCAAGAGGCUCACGUUAGAGCAGAUCCAGAAGCACACGUGGUACCUAGCUGGAAAGAACGAGCCGGAGCCCGAGCAGCCCGUCCCCAGGAAGGUGGCCAUCAGGACUCUGGCUGCCACCGAGGAGAUCGACCCAGACGUCCUGGAGAGCAUGCACUCUCUGGGCUGCUUCAGGGACAAGGAGAAACUGACCAAAGACCUGCUGUCUGAGGAAGAAAACCAGGAAAAAAUGAUCUACUUCCUGCUGCUGGACCGCAAGGAGAGGUAUCCGAGCCAAGAGGACCAGAACCUGCCGCCACGCACCGAGAUCGACCCUCCCAGGAAGCGCGUGGACUCGCCCAUGCUGAGCCGCCACGGUAAGCGGCGGCCAGAGAGGAAGUCCAUGGAGGUGCUGAGCGUCACGGAGGGAGGGUCGCCCGUCCCGGUGCGACGAGCCAUCGACAUGGCGACCAACGGUCAGAGAUCGCGGUCCAUCAGCGGAGCGUCCUCCGGUCUGUCCACCAGUCCUCUCAGCAGUCCCAGGGUGACCCCCCACCCUUCCCCCCGAGGGAGCCCUCUCCCCACCCCCAAAGGCACCCCGGUGCACACGCCCAAGGACAGCCCGGCCGGCACGCCCAGCCCGACGCCGCCGCCGAGCCCGUCCAUCGGCGGCAUGCCCUGGAGGACGCGCCUCAACUCCAUCAAGAACAGCUUCCUGGGCUCGCCGCGCUUCCACCGCAGGAAAAUGCAAGUUCCCACCCAGGAAGACAUGUCCAGUCUGACUCCGGACUCUUCUCCAGAACUGGCUAAGAAGUCGUGGUUCGGGAACUUCAUCAACCUGGAGAAAGAGGAGCAGAUCUUCAUCGUGAUCAGAGACAAACCUCUCAGCUCCAUCAAGGCGGACAUCGUCCACGCCUUCCUCUCCAUCCCCAGUCUGAGCCACAGUGUGAUCUCCCAGACCAGUUUCCGGGCUGAGUAUAAGUCCAGUGCCGGUCCGACUGUGUUCCAGAAGCCCGUGAAGUUCCAGGUGGACAUCACGUACACGGAGAGCACCGGCGCCACUAAGGACAACGGCAUCUACUCCGUCACCUUCACGCUGCUCUCAGGUCCCAGCCGGCGUUUCAAGCGCGUGGUGGAGACCAUCCAGGCCCAGCUGCUCAGCUCGGACCAGCCCGGCAUCCAGCCCCAGAUAUCUGAUGGCUCUCAGCGCUCAGCUGCUUUGCCCGGUAAACCCUCCAAGCGUGGCAGCCCGUUGAGUAACUUCUUUGACGUAAUUAAACAGCUUUUUUCAGACGACAAGAUCAACUCGUCUGUCUCCCCCGGCGCUCCCGCGGUGCCUAGCUCCCCCGCCAAGCAUGCCCCCGGCAGCAAGCCCGGCCAGCCCCCGCCCAACGACUCUAAAUGCCCCCCCGACAAAGACAAAACAAAGAUGGCGGCGGCCGGCAACAGGACACAGGAACAACCUUAAGGAGCGCUAGCUGUUGCAUGCCUAGAGAGAGAGAGAGCAGUGAUGAGGUCAUUAAGGCGGGACAAGGACCCUCCAAGUUAAACUAAUCUACUGUUGGCCUAUACAUUUUCUACCGUAUAAUGGGAAUGGCUAUAUCAGUUUUAAAGUUGAUCAGUAUUUUACAAUACGUAGCAAAUGUAGCUAAUGUUGUCCCUACCUUUGUUGUCUCUUUUUCGGUUUGGGGGUGUGUGUGUGUGUGUGUGUGUGUGUGUGUGUGUGUGUGUGUGUGUGUGUGUGUGUGUGUGUGUGUGUGUGUGUGUGUGUGUGUCCUUCCUCACAUGUGUGAUGGCUUGACUUGUCUCUGCCACCAGGGAUCAUCCAUAAUAGCUAUUAGCUCUGGAGACCGAGCGACACCGAGAGAGUCUGAAGAAAAGAAAAGAAAAGAAAAGAGGAAAACCCUUCCCUCUCCCUCUCCUUCUCCCCCCUUACUCCCUCCAUCCCUCCAUCCUCCCUCUCUUCGAGGUCCUUUCUCUGGGCCGCAUCAGUAGAGCCCACUACCGUCCCGACCAGACCAAACAUAGAGACAUCUCGUAAAAAGACAAAAAAAAGCCUUAAGACAGUGAUGUUUGUCAAGCUACACACACGUAUUCCCGACCCCUCCCUCUCCCUCCCUUCUCCCCUCCUCUCCUCUUUUUCUCUUUCUUCUUAACCCUCCCACAUGUACAUAAGAAACACACGUACGUACCGUACGUACUGCUCAACGCAAACAUGACGCGGGAUGUAAUGACUUGGCACAGGAGCGGCGGCGGACGCAGACACGGACGAACGCUGGCUGGAUUGUAAUUCCUUUUAACGCUGUUAUUUCUCCGUGAACGGCAGGAUCUCUCCAAAAAACUCUUUCUGUAAAAUGGGUUUAUUAAAAAAAGUUGCCCAUGAAAAGUAAGAUAAAGGGGAGUGGAGGUGAUAUUACAUAAAUGAAUGAUCUAUUCUGUUGUACAGAUUCAAAUAAUGUUCCGUAUGUACAAAAAAAAGUGUAGUUUGUGACAUUAUGUUUUAGAGUUGUGUUGCCAU